AGCGAGCAUGGCCGGGAGUAUAACUAACACCACGGUUCCGAUAACUAGUUCUCUGUCUAAACUACAGUCCUUAAAUGGGCUGUUUGCGAUAUAUAAAAAACAAGGGCCUACAUCUGCAGACGUGUUAAAUACGCUCAAAGAAACUUUACUCAAGGAGGCUGGUGUCCAAAACCCAAACCCGCGAAAGAGGAAGAAGCAGAGCCUGAAGAUGGGGCACGGAGGGACCCUUGAUAGUGCUGCCAGUGGAGUGUUAGUUGUUGGUGUUGGGAAUGGCACAAAAAUGCUUAGUACCAUGUUAGCUGGUUCAAAGAAAUAUGUUGCUGUUGGGGAACUCGGAAAAGCAACAGACACUCUUGAUGCUACUGGCAGUGUGGUUCUGGAGAAAGACUUUGAACACAUAACCAGGUUGGACUUUGAGGAGAAGCUGCAAUCCUUUACUGGUGACAUUAUGCAAGUUCCUCCACUCUACUCUGCUCUGAAAAAAGAUGGCCAGCGUCUGUCUGUCCUGUUGAAGAAAGGUCACAAGGUUGAGGCCAAACCUGCCAGACCAGUCACUGUGUACAACCUGACCCUGCAGGAGUUCAAACCUCCUCUCUUCACUCUGGAUAUUGAGUGUGGUGGUGGAUUUUAUGUCAGGAGUUUGGUGGAUGACUUGGGCAAAGCUCUGUCAUCCUGUGCCCAUGUGAGGAACCUGAUCCGGACCAAGCAGGGCCAGUUCACCCUGGAGGAGCACGCUUUACACGAGGAGCAGUGGACACUGGAACAUAUUCUGCGCUCUCUGAAGCACUGCUCAGAGUCAGAGCAGGGUGUGGACUAUACAAAACCAUCAGAGGCUGACACCUGAGGAAUGGAUCCUGAGCAGCCCGAUCAGUCUGUCCAAUGGUCAGUCAUGAUGCACCUCUUUGGCUUUUCAAUGUAAAGAACGUCAGGUAUCAAUGUGUCUGUUUUACCUGGAUAUUUGAAGGUGUAUUUGUUUGCAAAUUAUGUGAGACAAGUUGAGAAAGUUGGUCAAAAUCACUGGCUCUGUGUCAUCAUUCUACACUGGACUCAUGAGUUUGAGUCUGCAUAUUUGUGGUUUCUCACUUUUCUCUGUCUCACCUGCAAUUUAAGUUUAGUUAAAUUUGUCAAUAAUUCUGUAUUUGAAAUUUGCAGUCCCACUUAAACCCCAGCUUCUGUCUUCAUUCAUUCAUAGCCCUUACUCUAGUGCUGGGUAAUAGAAACAAAAUAAAGUAUAUAUAGUUAUUUACUACAGCUUUUGAAAAGCACUUCCACUGUGAAUGAGAAAAGUUAGGUUGUGUCGGGGAACACUGCUUGACAAUGAACACUGCAAAUUUCAAUUUCAGAGGAAAAACAUAAAAAACACCAUUGUUCCAUUGAAGGAAAAAGCCCCCCCAGAUCAUGAUGGUGCCCCCUCCACUGUGCUGUGUAGAAAACAUCUCAGGUGGGAUCUCCUUGUCAUGCCAGUAACGUUGGAAGCCAUCAGGACCGUCAAGAUUAAUUUUUUUCUCAUCAGAGAAUAAAACUUUCUUCCACCUUUCAAUGUCCCAUGUUUGGUGCUCUCGUGCAAACUCCAAACGGACUAUUUCUAUUUUAGGGGGUUUUUGGGUUUUUUUGAGAUGUGGUCUUAAACUUUUGAUCAGCUGAUGAACAGCCUAUUUCAGUUUAAUGGUUGUUUGCAAUAAAUUGCUUACUCAAAAUUU